ACAGCAUUUGCCACUUUAUUACACAAUUUUUUUUUCAGUGCAUUUAUCUCUGCCUCCAAACUCUAACCCGUAAUCAAACGACGAAGAUGGAGACCGGCAAAACUGAUGCGGCCGCCGGCGAAUUAAAGCCACAAUCCUGUUCGAGCAUGGUUACUAUCAAGGUAAAAUUCGGGGGAAGAUCUAUUCCAAUCUCAGUCAUGCCAGAUUCAACAAUCAAAGACCUCAAAUCGCUUCUCCAACCUCUCACUAAUGUUCUUCCGCGAGGCCAGAAACUCAUCUUCAAAGGGAGGGUGCUGGUGGAUGCGAUGACCGUGAGAGAGUCGGGGGUCACAAAUGGGGCUAACGUCAUGCUCAUUGCCACUCAGGGUUUGCAUCAAGGGGAUGGCCCUAUACUAAACAAAGCUCAAAUUCGACCGGUUAGGACUGGGAAUGUUGAUGAACUACUGAAGAUGAAGGAGGAUGUUAAGGUUGAGAAGAAUCACGUGGAGCGAUGGAAGAUUACUGGUGUUAUCGCAUUGGCUGAUCGCAACUUGAAGGCCAUACCCGAUGAUGUGUGGACUUGUGGAUCUCUUGCAAGAGUCCUUGAGAUUAGCAACAACUCUGUUCAAGAUGUCCCCACCAAGAUUGGCUCUUUGGAAUCCCUGCAGAAGUUGUUCCUGAAUGCAAAUGCUAUAUCGGAUGAAUCCAUCGACUGGGAAGGAUUGAAAUCUCUAAAGUAUCUAACAGUUCUAUCUGUUAGCCAAAACAAUUUAACCACCUUGCCUUCUUCUCUGGGUGCUUUGACAUGUUUGAGGCAACUUCAUAUUGCCCACAACAAGUUGACUAGCCUCCCAACUGAAAUAGGGUUUCUGAGCCAGCUUGAAGUUCUGAAAGCUAACAAUAACAGGCUAAGCAACAUUCCUUCGUGCAUAGGGAAAUGUAGUUCUCUAAUAGAGGUUGAUCUUUCAUCAAAUCUUCUGUCAGCUAUACCAGAUGCAGUUGGCAAUUUGCGCAAUUUAAAGGCUUUGCACCUUGGUAACAAUGGGUUGAAGCAUCUCCCUCCAACAUUAUUCAAGAUGUGCCUCCAGCUCUCAACCCUGGAUCUUCAUAACACUGAAAUUACAGUCGAUACCCUACGCCAGUUUGAAGGGUGGGAAGCUUUUGAUGAUCGCCGCCGCUUGAAGCAUCAGAAGCAACUUGAUUUCAGAGUUGUGGGCUCUGCUGAAUUUGAUGAAGGUGCUGAUAAAAAUUGAGUAGAUUGUUGGAUAUUAUGCAAUCUUGUAAGUGUUGGCUGAAGCUGGCACUCUUGCUCUUUCUCUCUGGUGAGAAAUUCUAUCAUACUUGUGUAAUUGUUAAUAUAGAAAUCUGAGUGGCAAACCAAUAGAACGAACUGAAUUGGUACCAUUUUUGUAUUUUACAGAACUAGCUGGCUUUAUCCAAUUUCUAGGUAGCUCCACUUAGAACCCA